CUCCGAAAAAAAAUAGAUGUGGAUAUUGCAGACAAGCCGGGCAUAGAAGAUCUCAUUGCCCGACCAAUCCAAAUAGAUAGCAAUUAAUGGAUAUUUCAGUUAUGGAGGCGGGUCCAUUGACACGUGAUGUUCUUUAUGACCAAGAGCGCCACCGAUCCGCGAAGAUAGACGCUGGGGAGGCCCCGAGUAUUACUAUUGUCGAUCAUACCCGUGCACAUUCUAGCUGGGAGUUGACGGAUCCACAGAUACAAUAUUAUGUGCGUCAAGCCGGCUUUUUUGAGUGUUCACAAAUUAAAUGGGUAAGACUUGAUUGGGCACUUUUGACGGCAUUGGUUGAACGAUGGAGGCCCGAGACAAAUACUUUCCAUCUGCGCCAAGGAGAGGCGACGAUUACCUUACAGGAUGUUGGGGUUAUACUUGGCCUCAGAGUAGAUGGUGAUGCAGUGACGGGCACCGAUGACUUCCACUAUGGCACUACGUGUGAAGAAUUGUUGGGUCACACUCCUACAAUGAAGGGGGGAAAGAUCAAACUCGAAUGGUUAAGGAAUAACUUUCAGAAUGUACCGAUCGAUGCGACUGAUGAGAUCAUUAAGCGCUAUGCCCGUGCAUAUAUUUUACAUAUGAUCGGUACUAUUCUGUUUCCGGAUUCCACUAAGGAUUCCGUGCACGUGAGAUGGUUACCGCUUCUUGGGGACCUAGAAGAGUGUGGAGAGUUAUCUUGGGGGAGUGCAGUGUUAGCCUACUUGUAUAGAGAGAUGACGAAAAUAGCACUCGUACAAAAUAAAGAAUUGAAGGGCUGCCUCACUUUGCUGCAGAUAUGGUCAUGGGAGCGAUUGCAUAUGGGAACACCUGAUUUGAGGGAGGCCCGCGCUCUCGAUGGGCAUAUUCCGUUAGGCUGCAGAUGGAAUGUGUCCAGAUCUUGGCAAACCUCUCCAAAGGGGCAUGAAAACUUUUACAGAAAUGAGCUUGAUCAGAUGGAGGAUGAACAGGUCAAAUGGAUGCCCUACGAGCUAGUGUUGGAGUCACUACCGGAUAUUUGCCGAGAAGGUGAGGAUGUAUGGCGUGCUCGCGUCCCCCUUAUAUGCUUUGAGAUUGUCGAAAUGCACUUGCCUGACCGUGUGCUUCGACAAUUUGGACUACGGCAACAUAUUCCAGCGCCUGUGGAGAGAAUAGAGAGAGAUCCAAGAAAAGGUGCACAUCGUGCUAAUUGGCAAAUAAUUCGCCAAAAUUACAUCCAUAGGUGGGUUUUAAGGGAGGAACAGGUAGUGAUGGAGAGGGCUGAUGCACCUGACCUAGGUGUGUACCUACGGUGGUAUUGGGGGAUUACUCGCCGGUGGAUAUUUCAGGAAAACAAAGCCCCGAAGGAGUACAUACCAAGAGGCCCAGUCGAGAGAGAGUUGGUACAAGAGCUCGAAGAGCUUUCCGGAAUGGCACAUGACGCAUUGCGCACGACUACCGAGCAGGAGCCGAGGAACAUGUUCCUUCGAAUGAUAAAAAAGAUACGGUCGGCUCUUCAGAGGACGCGUCAUGCAAGCCGUGAUGGACGGGAGGAGCGACCAAUUGAGCCUGAAAAUUCCUUGCAAAUUUCUUCAGAAAUACUUGAUCGGCCCAAUCUUGCUUUAACUGCCAUUUCAUCACAUGAGCAUCCUUUGUUGGAGACUGAAGGAGCUAGUGCGGAGACAGUUGUUACUGAUGCCACUCAAGAUAAACCAUUCAACCCAAAUCUUGAUUCUGAAGAUCAUAUCAAGAAGAUCAAGAUCGGAAUCAACGGGUUUAGAAGGAUCGGGCGUUUGGUUGCAAGAGUCGCUCUCCAGCGAAAUGAUGUGGAGCUGGUUGCUGUGAAUGAUCUGUUCCUUUCUACUGAUUACAUGACCUACAGGUUUAAGUAUGAUAGUGUCCAUGGUGCGUGGAAGCAACACGAAUUGAAGGUGAAGGAUUCUAAGACCCUUCUCUUUGGUGAGGAAGAGGUUUCUGUUUUUGGCUGCAGGAACUCUGAGGAGAUCCCUUGGGUUAAGAUUGGAGCCGAGUACAUUGUCGAGUCCACGGGUGUCUUUACCGACAAGGAUAAGGCUGCAGCUCACCUUAAGGAUGGUGCCAAGAAAGUUAUCAUCUAUGUACCAAGCAAGGACGCCUCAAUGUUCGUUGUUGGUGUAAAUGAGAAGUCAUACAAGCCUGACAUUGAUAUUGUUUCUAAUGCUAGCUGCACCACCAACUGCUUGGCUUCCCUAGCUAAGGUUAUCAUUGACAAAUUUGCAUUUGACCUUGAGACAAGGUCCAAAUUAAGGGGAGGGAAUUUGUCAGGGACCAAUGAUCAGGUUGGUAACCUGUGA